AUGGGAAUCGAUAUUGACCACAAAUAUGAUCGAAAAGUUCGACGCACAGCGCCAAAAAGUGAUGACCCUUAUUUGCGUGUAUUGGUCAAGCUUUAUCGUUAUUUGACUAAACGUGUGGAUACUAAAAAGCGUUUCAAUGCCGUUGUGCUUAAACGUCUUUAUAUGUCAAAACGUAAUCGGCCACCUCUUUCGAUUUCUCGUAUUGUCCGUAACUUUAAACGUCCAGGGAAUGAGAAGAAAAUAGUUGUUUGUGUUGGAACUGUGACGGAUGACAAACGAAUUUAUAAAGUUCCAGCAAUGACUGUUUGUGCUUUGCGUUUUACUACAGCAGCUCGGGCUCGGAUUAUUAAAGCUGGUGGAGAGACUAUAACUUUCGAUCAAUUGGCUUUGAGAGCUCCAAAAGGGGAAAAUACGAUGCUUUUGCAAGGACCGAGAAAGUCGCGAGAGGCUGAGAAGCACUUUGGACCUCCUCCUGGUGUUCCCGGGAGCCAUGCAAAACCGUUGGUUCGUUCUAAAGGUUUGUUAAGUUUUUUGACAAUAAGAGUUCUUUUAUGCUUAUCGUUAGUCUUUUUCAAACUGAUGAGUCACGUUUCUUCCCUUUUCUUCCCUUUAAGCUGCCUGUGA